CCGGAGCGCGGCGCCGAUCGCGGCCCGGGCGCCAUCGAGCCUCGGCGGCGGACGUGCAGAUGGGGAGAUGAGGCUCAGAGAAGUGAGGUGACCAGCUGGUGCGUUGGCGCAGGCCACGGCCACCACGGUCUCCAGAGACUCCUCGCGUGCAGGGUUCAAGGGCAGACCGCGCCGGCUCCCCUGCCUCUCCGGAGCCCCGCGCCUCGGCUGCGGGCGGCACAGGCCAGGGACCCUCGAUGCCGGCCCUGAGCAGAGACUGAGCUGGACUCGUGCCUGGGUGCCGGGGCCAUGGCGCUGCGGCUCUGGGCCCUGGCCCUCCUGGGCUUGGUGGGCGCCAGGGCGGGCCUGCAGCCCGGAAAGCCGAGCAAGUUCUUCUCUGCCGAGACGGAGCUGAACCACCUGGUGGUGGACCCCGCGUCAGGCGAGGUGUACCUGGGGGCGGUGAACGCGCUGUACCAGCUGACCGCCGAGCUGCAGCUGCGGCAGCGGGCCGCCACCGGCCCCUCCCUGGACAACAAGAAGUGCACGCCGCCCAUCGAGGCCAGCCAGUGCCACGAGGCCGUGCUGACCGACAACGUGAACCAGCUGCUGCUGCUGGACCCGCCGGGGCAGCGCCUGGUGGAGUGCGGCAGCCUCUUCAAGGGCAUCUGUGCGCUGCGCGCCCUUAGCAACGUGUCCCUGCGGCUGUUCUACGAGGACGGCGGCGGCGAGAAGUCCUUCGUGGCCAGCAACGACGAGGGCGUGGCCACGGUGGGGCUGGUCAGCGACGCGGCCCCGGGCGAGCGCGUGCUCUUCGUGGGCAAGGGCAACGGCCCCCACGACAACGGCAUCAUCGUCAGCACCCGCCUGCUGGACCGCGCCGAGGGCCGGGAGGCCUUCGAGGCCUACACGGACCACGCCACCUACAAGGCCGGCUACCUGUCCACCAGCACGCAGCAGUUCGUGGCCGCUUUCGAGGACGGCGAGUACGUCUUCUUCGUCUUCAACCAGCAGGACAAGCACCCGCCCCGCAACCGCACGCUGCUGGCCCGCAUGUGCCGGCACGACCCCUUCUACUACUCCUACCUGGAGAUGGACCUGCGCUGCCUGGACGCCGGCCCCGCGCCCGCCUCUGCCUUCGGCAGCUGCCUGGCGGCCUCCGUGGCCCUGCCAGGUGCCAGCCGCGUGCUCUACGCCGUCUUCAGCCGCGACGGCCAGGGCCGGGGGGGCCCCCAGGCCGGCCUCUGUCUCUUCCCGCUGGACGAGGUCCACGCCAAGAUGGAGGCCAACCGUGAAGCCUGCUACCGGGGCCCCAAGGAGGCCGGCCGCGACUCCUUCUACAAGCCCUUCCACGGCGACAUCCAGUGCGGCAGCCACAGCUCGGGCACCAGCGAGAACUUCCCGUGCGGCUCGGAGCACCUGCCCUACCCGCUGGGCAGCCGGGACGGGCUCACGGCCACGGCCGUGCUGCAGCGGGGGGGCCUGAACCUGACUGCCGUGACGGUCACUGCCGAGAACGGCCACACCGUCGCCUUCCUGGGCACCUCGGACGGCCGGGUCCUGAAGGUGUACCUGGCCCCCAACGGCACCUCCGUGGAGUACGGGGCCAUCCCUGUGGAGAUCAACAGGAAGAUCAAGCAGGACCUGGUGCUGUCUGCGGACGGGGCCAGCCUGUACGCCAUGACCCAGGACAAGGUCUUCCUGCUGCCAGUGCAGGAGUGCGCCAACUACAACAGCUGCGCGCAGUGCCGCGGCUCCCAGGACCCCUACUGCGGCUGGUGCGUCCUGCAGGGACGAUGCACCAGGAUGGCCGACUGCCUGCGGGCUAAGGAGACUGGGCACUGGUUGUGGAGCCGCGAGGAGUCCUGCGUGGCAGUCACAGGGGCCCAGCCCCAGAACAUGAGCCGGCGGGCCCAGGGGGAGGUGCAGCUGACCAUCAGCCCCCUCCCGGCCCUGGGUGAGGACGACGAGCUGCUGUGCCUCUUCGGGAACUCGGCCCCGCACUCCGCCCGCGUGGAGGGCGACACUGUCGUCUGCAACUCCCCAAGCGAAAUUCCCGCCACACCCCCGGGCCAAGACCACGUGGCCGUGAACAUCUCUCUCCACUUCAAGAAGGAGAACGUCUUCCUCACCUCCCACCUGUACCCCUUCUAUGACUGCAAAGAGGCCAUGAGCCUGGAGAAACACCUGCCGUGCAUCUCCUGCGCCAGCAACCGGUGGACCUGCCAGUGGGACCUGCGCUAUCACGAGUGUCGGGAGGCCUCGCUCAACCCCGAGGAGGGCAUCGUGCCUGCGCACGCGGAGGAGAACUGCCCCCAGUUCCUGAACCCCAGCCCGCUGGUCAUCCCCAUGAACCACGAGACCAAAGUGACCUUCCAGGGCAAGAACCUGGACACAGUGAAGGUCUCCUCCCUGCACGUGGGCAGCAGUCUGCUCGAGUUCGAGGCGGCAGUGAGCAUGCAGGAGCCAGGCGUUUUCUCCUUCCGCACCCCAAAGCUGUCCUACGACGGCAACGAGACCCUGCCCCUGCACCUGUACGUCACGUCCUAUUAUCCCAACAGCAUCGACAGCAAGCUCCAAGUCACGCUGUACAACUGCUCCUUCGGCCGCAGCGACUGCAGCCUGUGCCUGGCGGCCGCACCCGCCUACCGCUGCGUGUGGUGCGGGGGGCAGGCGGGCUGCGUGUACCAGGCCCUGUGCGCCAACGCCACCACCGAGUGCCCGCCGCCCGUCAUCACCAGGAUCCAGCCGGAGACGGGCCCGCUGGGCGGGGGCAUUCGCGUCACGAUCCUCGGGUCGGAUUUGGGGGUCAAGGCGGACGACGUCCAGAGGGUCACGGUGGCGGGCCGCAGCUGCGUCUUCCAGCCAGAACUGUACUCCGUGUCCACCAGGAUCGUGUGUGUCGUGGAGGCCGCGGACACGCCCUUCACUGGGGGUGUCGAGGUGGACAUCAACGGCAAACUCGGCCACUCGCCACCUCACGUCCAGUUCACAUACCAACAGCCCCAGCCCCUCAGCGUGGAGCCGAAGCAGGGGCCACAGGCGGGCGGCACCACGCUGACCAUAAGUGGCACCCACCUGGACACGGGCUCUGAGGAAGACGUGCGGGUGACCCUCAAUGAUGUCCCUUGUAAUGUGACGCAGUUUGGAGCCCAGCUCCAGUGUGUCACCGGGCCCCAGCCGACCGUGGGAGAGCUGCCGCUGGAGAUCUCCUACGGGGGCUCCCGGGUCCCCAGCCCCGACGUCACCUUCCACUACCGCGAGAACCCGGUGCUGCGGGCCUUCGAGCCCCUGAGGAGCUUCGUCAGUGGUGGCCGGAGCAUCAACGUCACCGGGCAGGGCUUCAGCCUGAUUCAGAGGUUCGCCAUGGUGGUCAUAGCCGAGCCCUGGCAGCAGCAACAGACGGCCGGACCCCCGCAGCCCACGGUGAUCACCGGCACGGAGUACACCUUCCACAACGACUCCAAGGUCGUGUUCCGGUCCCCGGCGGUCCCCGAGGAGCCCGAGGCCUACAACCUCACAGUGCUCAUCCAGAUGGAUGGGCACCGGGCCCUGCUCAGGAGCGAGGCCGGCGCCUUCGAGUACGUGGCCGACCCGACCUUCGAGAACUUCACUGGGGGUGUCAAGAAGCAGGUCAACAAUCUCAUCCACGCCCAGGGCACCAACCUGAACAAGGCCAUGACGCUGCACGAGGCAGAGGCCUUUGUGGGGGCUGAGCGCUGCAUCAUGAAGACGCUGACCGAGACCGACCUGUACUGUGAGCCCCCGGAGGUGCAGCCACCCCCCAAGCGCAGGCAGAAGCGGGACACGGCGCACAACCUGCCUGAGUUCAUCGUGCGUGGCCCCGGCCAGUGGGGAAGGGUGGGGGCGGGCGGGGACGGGGGCGGGCUGGGGCCGGCCCAAGCAGCCAGUCCUGUCGGCCCCCCGCAGGUCAAGUUUGGAUCUCGCGAGUGGGUGCUGGGCCGUGUGGAAUAUGACACGCGGGUGAGCGACGUGCCGCUCAGUCUCAUCCUGCCGCUGGUCAUCGUGCCCAUGGUGCUGGUCAUUGCCGUGUCCGUCUACUGCUACUGGAGGAAGAGCCAGCAGGCCGAGCGGGAGUACGAGAAGAUCAAGUCCCAGCUGGAGGGCCUGGAGGAGAGCGUGCGGGACCGCUGCAAGAAGGAGUUCACAGACCUGAUGAUCGAGAUGGAGGACCAGACCAACGACGUGCACGAGGCGGGCAUACCCGUGCUGGACUACAAGACCUACACCGACCGUGUCUUCUUCCUGCCGUCGAAGGACGGGGACAAGGACGUGAUGAUCACGGGCCGGCUGGACAUCCCGGAGUCGCGGCGGCCCACGGUGGAGCAGGCCCUCUACCAGUUCUCCAACCUGCUCAACAGCAAGUCCUUCCUCAUCAAUUUCAUCCACACGCUGGAGAACCAGCGCGAGUUCUCGGCGCGCGCCAAGGUGUACUUUGCGUCGCUGCUGACCGUGGCGCUGCACGGCAAGCUGGAGUACUACACGGACAUCAUGCGCACGCUCUUUCUGGAGCUCAUGGAGCAAUACGUGGUGGCCAAGAACCCCAAGCUCAUGCUGCGCAGGUCCGAGACUGUGGUGGAGAGGAUGCUGUCCAACUGGAUGUCCAUCUGCCUGUACCAGUACCUCAAGGACAGCGCCGGUGAGCCGCUGUACAAGCUCUUCAAGGCCAUCAAGCACCAGGUGGAGAAGGGGCCGGUGGACGCUGUGCAGAAGAAGGCCAAGUACACCCUCAAUGACACGGGGCUGCUGGGCGACGAUGUGGAGUAUGCCACCCUGACGGUGAACGUGAUCGUCCAGGACGAAGGGGUUGACGCCAUCCCUGUCAAGGUCCUCAACUGCGACACCAUCUCCCAGGUCAAGGAGAAGAUCAUCGACCAGGUGUACCGCACGCAGCCAUGCUCCCGCUGGCCCAAGGUGGACAGCGUGGUGCUGGAGUGGCGUCCAGGCUCCACAGCCCAGAUCCUGUCGGACCUGGACCUGACGUCUCAGCGGGACGGCCGCUGGAAGCGCAUCAACACGCUGAUGCACUACAACGUCCGGGACGGAGCCACCCUCAUCCUGUCCAAGGUGGGGGUCUCGCAGCAGCAGGAGGACAGCCAGCAGGACCUGCCCGGGGAGCGCCACGCCCUCCUGGAGGAGGAGAACCGCGUGUGGCACCUGGUGCGGCCCACGGAGGAGGUGGACGAGGGCAAGUCCAAGCGCGGGAGCGUGAAGGAGAAGGAGCGCACCAAGGCCAUCACGGAGCUCUACCUGACCCGCCUGCUGUCCGUCAAGGGCACGCUGCAGCAGUUUGUGGACAACUUCUUCCAGAGCGUGCUGGGGCCCGGGCUGGCCGUGCCGCCCGCGGUCAAGUACUUCUUCGACUUCCUGGACGAGCAGGCGGACAAGCACGACAUCAAGGACGAGGACACCAUCCACAUCUGGAAGACCAACAGUUUACCGCUGCGGUUCUGGGUGAACAUCCUCAAGAACCCCCACUUCAUCUUCGACGUGCACGUGCCCGAGGUGGUGGACGCCUCGCUGUCGGUCAUCGCACAGACCUUCAUGGACGCCUGCACGCGCACCGAGCACAAGCUGAGCCGGGAUUCUCCUAGCAACAAGCUGCUUUAUGCCAAGGAGAUCUCUACCUACAAGAAGAUGGUGGAGGAUUACUACAAGGGGAUCCGCCAGAUGGUGCAAGUCAGCGACCAGGACAUGAACACACACCUGGCCGAGAUUUCCCGGGCGCAUACGGACUCCCUGAACACCCUGGUGGCCCUGCACCAACUGUACCAGUACACGCAGAAGUACUACGACGAGAUCAUCAACGCCCUGGAGGCCGACUCUGCAGCCCAGAAGAUGCAGCUGGCCUUCCGCCUGCAGCAGAUCGCGGCCGCGCUGGAGAACAAGGUCACAGACCUCUGACGCUCCCGGUGCAGAGGACGAGCCGGCACGCGAACGUGGGCCCAGCGGGAGCCCCGCUCCGUGUCUGUAGCCGGUAGCCCCCCUCCUGAGCAAUACCGCCAGGCCACCAGCACCAGCCCCCGCAGACCAGCAUCGGAUGCCCCUCCACGCAGAGCCUCCCAGGACUGAAUUCGCAAACGUGCCUUAGGCUCCGGCGCCACGCUGGGCCCUGGGGGCAGCAGGCGCCUCCCCAGCACCAGCAGCUGACUCACAGCCUGGGUUUCUCCCCCGGGUGGUCAGUGUGCCUGGACCCCAGGGCCUAGUGUCCGGACGGUCCUGCGGGCCGAGAGGAGAAAAGCGGUACAAUGCCUUCCUGACCUCACCGCCCUCCCUGCGGGGUGCAGCGCUGCGGGGGCUCCGGGCAAGGGCCCCACCUUAAAGGUCAAGGUGGACGUCAGACGUCGGGGCCCCGGCAGCCAGGGGACCCAGCAGAUGGGGUCCUGGCCUUGGCCUGUCAGACAGGCGAUCCUAGGGGCCCUCACGGGCCUUGGGGCCAGUAUCAUCCCCCAGGACUCCCACCCCCUUUUGUAAAUCUUUGUAAAUCAAAUAGAAGAGUCUUUUUCACGCUGCUGGUUGGCUGGGUUCCUGGGGCCUCACGGCCCUCCUUCCGAGAACAGUGGUCCUGCCACCGGUGUGUCCUCGCACCCCAGCCACACCGUCUGCACCAUGCUUGCUGGGGUUCC